AUGGAAAAAAUUAUUCCACUCGUUCCUGAUGUCGAACAAUAUGUUCUUCUUGCUAAACAGAAUUGCAAUCGAAAUUCAUCUAUUUUAAGUUUAGAUGAAUCAGCCGCUAUUUAUCUCUAUACAAUGCCAAUAGGGUUUGUCACCCGUUUAAACGAAGCUCUGCGAGCUGAAAAUCGAAAUGCUUUGAAAUCAUGGUUCGCAUUUCUUAAGCUGUUUAUAACUGCUCUCGAGAAAUUACCUUCAUGUCACAUUGUUGUCUGGCGAGGUGUUGCAGAUGACGUUGGAUCGGCAUUUGUUGACAAUGAUGUGCAAAUAUGGUGGAGUGUAAACUCAUGUUCAAGAGCACUUAAUGUUGUUGAGGUAUAUUUGGGCGAUAAGGGUACCGUAUUUGCUAUAGAUGCAGUAAACGGCAAAGAUGUUUCAGCAUUUUCGGUAUUUAAAGAAGAACAAGAAGUUAUCCUCAUGCCUGGCAGUCGUUUCUGUGUCAAAAGUAAAUCGCUUAAUUUCAGAAAUAGUCUUUUCAUUGUUCAUCUGGAAGAAGAAUCUUCAUCUGCGGAAAACAAAAAGGGGUAA